UUGAUUAAAGUCAAUUGAAAGUUCAUCAUGAGCAUCCCAAGAGUCUCAUCAAAUGGAUCUUCUUCUUCCUCUGGUUGGAAGUAUGAAGUCUUCCUGAGUUUCAGAGGUGAAGACACUCGAAAGGGUUUCACAGGUCAUCUCUAUACUGCUUUGACUUGUAAAGGAAUUAAUGUAUUCCGGGAUGACAAAGAACUUGAGAUAGGAAAACCCCUUUCAUUGGAACUCCUUGAUGCAAUCGAAAAAUCAAGAAUCUCAAUUGUUGUUUUGUCAAAAAAUUAUGCUUCGUCUUCUUGGUGCUUGGAUGAACUUAUUAAGAUCGUUGAAUGUAAGAGCAGAUUGGGACAAAUGGUGAUUCCGGUUUUCUAUGAUGUGGAUCCAGCGGUGGAAAGAGAAGAGAGGGGAAAUUUUGAGGAAGCACUUACUAAGCAGGAAGAAGCUUUUAGGGACAAUAUCGAAAAGGUGGAAACAUGGAGGAAGGCUUUGAUAGAGGUGAUUAAUCUCCCUGUAUUGGAAUUGAAAGAUAGGUACGUAACAUUUAUUUCUUAUUAGAGCUUGUAUAAAAUUGAAAGAAUUAUGAAUUAAUGAAGGAGUGAAUUGUUUAUAAGUGCAAUAGUAGUUUAGAGAAGGUAGAAUAAAUCAUGGAAAAUGGAGAAAAGUAAUUUAGCCUUGAAGCCUUAUGGGUUUGAAUCAGUCAGAUAGUAGUAUGAAUAUUUUGUUAAUUCUUGCAAUAAUUUCAAUGGAAGUAGGUAGAGGGUAGUGG